CUCAAGGCAACUGCACAGACCCUAAAAAUGUUCUCUCUGGUCCUUGUCAGUUUGCUCCUAGCGGGAGCUCAAAGCAGGGACUUUAAUUCGAAAGCUCUCUGGCAGUUCCGUGGGAUGAUCAAAUGUUCCAUCCCGGACAGCAACCCCCUCCUGGAGUUUAACAACUACGGAUGUUACUGUGGCUAUGGGGGAGGCGGGACUCCAGUGGACACUUUAGAUCAGUGCUGUUUUGUCCAUGAUAACUGCUACGGUGACACCAUGGAAAUGGAAGAGUGCUGGCCAAUUUUUGACAACCCUUACACUGAGAUCUACGCCUACACUUGUGAUGAUUCCAUAGUCAAAUGCACCAGUGACAAUGGACCCUGUGAGAUGGCUAUCUGCGAAUGUGACCGUAAAGCAGCUUUGUGCUUCUCCAAAGCAGAAUAUCAUGAGGAGCACAAGAAUCUAGAUCAAUAUAAAUACUGCAGUUAAAGGAGGAACAUCCAGGCCAUCCAUCCCUGGCUGCCUCCAUCCCACAGUCCCUUCGCCUCG